UACUAUCCUAUAUUACUCUUCCAUUUUUCCUUUCAAAUUGCUUCCAUCUUCUAGUUCUGUCGAGUUGCAGGCCACAGCCGGUGACCUCACUACUCCCUCCAUUAAAAUCAGGGAAUAAGCUCCCCAUCCCUUUGAGUAUUUCUUAUGGCUAUGGCACAAGGAACCAGACUCAGACUCGGACUCUGCUCCUUCAAGCACCCAUUUCUCUGGAAUAUUUCCCCUUCUAUAGCUUCUACCACCACCACCACCGCUGGAGCAAUCCAGACUUGUCUCUGUCUUCCGUGGCUGUUCCGCCUUCUUCAUUCCAAUGCCUUGAACCCACUGCCACAACGAUCUCCGGCGUUCCAUGGAGUAAGAUAUAUGCAACGGCAACUGCCUUUUCAAAGAUUAUUCUGCUCCGAGGCCACUGGUGACAAGGAGAAGAUGAAGAAGAAACCGAUGGCAAAUGAAGACUCUGUAAUGAUUUCUAUUAAUAAAAAGUUUACAGGUGAAUCUCCUGUAUUCUCAGAUCAUUGCAUUUUUAAAGUGCCAAAGGAAUUACGGAGCGUGAAUGAAGAGGCAUAUGAACCGCAACUAAUUGCAAUUGGUCCUUAUCACCAUGAGAAAGAUCAUUUACUUGUCAUGGAAGAUCACAAAAUACGGUAUCUUCAAAACUUCCUUAAACGAAGUGGUCAGGAAAAUGUAUUAAGGUAUGUACAGACCAUAAGAAGUUUGGAAGAAAGAGCUCGUAAAUGUUAUGCAGAAUCUUUAAGCUUUGACCAUGAUAAAUUCGUUGAAAUGAUGCUUAUUGAUGGUUGCUUUAUUAUCGAGUUUAUAUGCAAGUUGCUAGAAGGUGAUAUGGAAGACCCUCUUUUAAGAUCUAAUCAUACGUUGACUAGAUUCAUGCUGGACCUGCUAUUGCUUGAAAAUCAACUUCCAUUCUUCAUACUACAGGGGUUGCUUGUCACAAGCAAUUCGACUCCAGACCAACAAAGCACCUUCAUUAAAGUGAUUUUGGUAAUCUAUAAAAGUUUUCUACCAGGCCCACUGUGUAAUUCAAGUUGCGCAUAUACUCCAGAAAAUAUGAUACAAAUCAAGAAUCUAUUGGAAUUAUUGCAUGACCACUGGCAACCUUCCCCUGCAAGACUAGAGGCUUAUAAGAAAAUGCGACAAACCGAGGAAAGAGGUUUUACGCGUUGUGCCACAUACUUAAAAGAGGCCGGUAUUAAGUUCAAGAGUGUGGCACAGCUCAAAGAGGUCGGGAUUAAAUUCAAGAGUACGCGCUGUGCCACAGAGCUCAAAGAUGCCGGGAUUAAGUUCAAGAGUGCUGUUGAGAGAGAUAACUUGUUCGAUAUAGAUUUUGUAAACGGUACAAUUAAAAUUCCAAAAAUACAAAUUGAAGAUAAAACAGAGUGUGUCUUGCGAAAUCUCAUAGCCUACGAGCAGUUGACCUCUUCCACGAGUCCAAAAUACUUCACUGAUUACAUGAUAUUCAUGGAUAGUCUUAUCAAUUCUAAAAAGGAUGUGGAGCUACUUUGUCGCAAGGGGAUCAUUGAUAACUGGAAGGGAGACGAUGAAACUAUUGCUGUUCUAUUCAACAAUCUUGGGGAACAAGUCUUCUGCGAAAGGAAUCUCUACGCGGAUAUAGUGAACAAUGUAAACAAGCAUUGUAAGAAACGAAGGAAUUUGUGGAUGGCCAAGUUGAGGCACGAUUAUUUUCAAAGUCCAUGGUCUCUCAUUUCUGUUUUGGCUGCUAUCAUACUGCUCCUUCUCGCCAUGACUCAAACUGUUUAUUCAGUUCUUUCUUAUUAUAAGUAAAAUAAAUGCCAACGUUUCUUGUUCUUGCGUUUU